AUGGCGCUCCUGGUAUGGGGAAUCCUCUUUACAUCCUUUAGCCAGGGUAAUGCGAUUUCCAUUCGAUCCAAUGCAGCGUGUGGCUUUCAUUUGUCAACUUCGUCAAGCUCGGGUGAAAUCUCCGUUGGCCAAUUAAGCAACGGGCAGGCGAGAGCUGGUAAGGGGAUCAAACCGUCCGUCUUCACUUGGUUCGGUGAUGCGUUUUUGGAUCAGCAGGGGAGGGGGUGUUGGUGGACUCCCCCUACAUCCGUCCUCCAAUGCGACAUCAAUCAACAACCCGACCACCGCUUCGAGAUUGGCUGUGACGGCACCUUGAGCUACCUUAGUCAGUCGACCUUCUAUCAAUGCCAAACCGGCGAUGACGAUCAGGUCAACAUAUACUUGUCGUCGAGUGGUGGUAAUUGUCAACCCAUCAGUUUGGUGACCAGUGGGUGCGGCAGCUUGAGCCCUCAACCACAACCCCAACCCACCGUUCAUCCAGCCCCCGUCCUCCCACCAGCCCCAGUCUCCUGUCCACCCGACCUCGAUGGCCCCUUCGAAUCCCCUCACCUCAUAAUCCCCAUCGACAAAGCCCACCCAACGAAACCCUACGGCUCAUCACUCUUCGGCCAAGUCUCGGAAAACGCAUCCACAAUCUUCAACUUCGAUAUACCCCUUUCCUCGGCCGCCACGGAUCAAAGCUGCAAGACCAUCUUUGCGUUUCCAACCAAAGACCAGCUACAGACAUCGUCGUAUUUCUUCACGGGGGAUGGACUGGUAAGUUUUGCUAGGUUGGGUGAGGACGUGGGGGUCGGGUUGGAUACUACAUAUGAUAAAGCGGUGGAGAUGGGGAGGGGGGAACGGGAGUUGGGGGUGUUUGAGUUGAGACCCGGGAAUACUUAUGUUAUUGAGAGUUUUGAGUGUAAGGAGUUGGCAGGGAGGGAGGUGGUGUAUGUGAUGAUGGUUGCGAAGGGGUAUGGGGAUGGAGUGGAGACUUGUCUGGUAUAUUUUCAGGAUUGGAAUCCGAGUCCGAUUGGGUUAUUUAUAAGGAAGUGCUGAGGGGUUAGGGGAUGGGAUGCUUCGAGAGGCUGAACAGAAGAGGAUGAGUGUUGAUAACUUUGCGAAAGAGAGGAGGGGGCAUGACUUGGUCUUAGGUGGAGACCAUUUUGGUGAUUUUCUGCUCAAUCGGAGCACACUCUUAUCCGGUGAUUUUUGGACGCGGAAUUCAAGGCAUAUAGUAGGAUUACUUAGGGAUGUCGUACACUCGUAAGUAAUGCGACUUUUUGACGGAAGAAUGAUGCAUACUUGAGUACGUUCG